CACACUGCGCACACAAACACUCGGCGCCCCAAAACCCUAAGAGGCCAAGUCCCAGAGCAACAACCAUGGCGGCUCCCCCAAUCAAGUCGGUCCAGUGCUUCGGCCGCAAGAAGACCGCCGUAGCCGUCACCUACUGCAAGGAAGGCCGCGGCCUGAUCAAGAUCAACGGCUGCCCAAUCGAGCUCGUCGAGCCGGAGAUCCUCCGCUUCAAGGCCUACGAGCCCAUCCUCCUCCUCGGCCGUCACCGCUUCGCCGGCGUCGACAUGAGGAUCCGCGUCAAGGGAGGAGGUCACACCUCUCAGAUCUACGCCAUCCGUCAGAGCAUCGCCAAGGCCUUGGUCGCUUACUACCAGAAGUUUGUGGACGAGCAGAGCAAGAAGGAGAUCAAGGACAUUUUGGUCAGGUAUGACCGUACUCUCCUCGUCGCUGAUCCACGGCGCUGCGAGCCCAAGAAGUUUGGUGGUCGUGGUGCCCGAGCUAGGUUCCAGAAGUCUUACCGUUAGAGUCUGCUGCCUUUUUUUACUAUAUUCCGUUUAUGUUAUCGCAUUUCGGUUUCUAAUUCGGAGCUUUUAGGGAGCUUUGUUAUGGAUUAUUAUUGUUAUUAUGUUUUGUUAUGUUUGGUGAACCUUGUUUCGGAUAUUUAUGCUUAAUUAUAUGUGAUGUUACUUUUGAGAAUUGUUCGGUGUUUGCUGGGCUUUGAUUAUUAGCUUGUUUAUUC